CCGCAACACCCGCAUCAUUACAAUUAUUCCUUAGCCAGACGGCGGCCCGUGAAGCAGCGCGCAGCGACCACGACAAGGCACGCAGUACCUCGAUUCGCACCCCUCCUCGCGCUGCCCGAGCUCCUGCUGCGACCUUCCAUCCCGCGCUGUGCAAGUCGCAAGUCGGUCUUUCUUCGAGCGUGGAGAGAGCUGAGCGGUCGCACCUUCCAGCGCCAUGUCUGCGCACCAGAAAGUAGCCAGAAUGCCUCGCAGCGCCCCGGCGACUAGCUAUGGCCAGGUCAUUGAGUAUAUCCAAGACCGACUCUACCUUGCGUCGUACACCCACCCGCCGACCGCCGAGACGCCGUUUCCCUAUCCGCGCCAGUCCCAAUCGCCGUCAAAGAGGUCCUCCAAAGCGCAGCCGGGCCCUACGGCGACAGGCCCAAGAGCCCAUCCGCCAGUAUACUUCACCAUUGACAAGACCCUCUUGUAUAAUGCCUUCCAUGCCGACUUUGGGCCACUGCACAUCGGCCACCUUUACCGGUUCGCCGUGCAGCUGCACGAAGUGUUGGGCGACCCCGCAAACGAGGAACGAGCGGUCGUGUUUUGGAGUAACGCAGACUCAAGGAGCCGAGCGAACGCUGCUUGCAUUUUGGCGUGCUACAUGGUCCUGAUCCAGUCAUGGCCCCCGCACCUCGCGCUUGCGCCCAUUGCGCAGAUGGAUCCGCCCUGUAUGCCCUUUAGAGAUGCGGGCUAUAGCCAGGCCGAUUACGUCUUGAACAUCCAAGACGUGAUAUACGGCGUCUGGAAAGCGAAGGAAGAGGGCUUGUGUGGGCUGAAAGAUUUUAGUCUAGAAGAGUAUGAGAAGUUUGAGCGGGUCGAUAUGGGCGACUUUAACUGGGUGACGCCAAAUUUCCUGGCGUUCGCCUCCCCGCAACAACAGCCGACUCAUGAGAUACCCUCUACGUCUCCGAUGUACUCCACCCUCCCAUUGACCAUCGCCGAAGUCCAGCGCUCCCCGCUACCCACGCCCUUCAAGAACGUGCUAUCGCAUUUUUGCGCUAGGAAUAUUGGUCUCGUUGUACGACUCAAUUCGGAGCUCUAUUCAUCGUCAUACUUCACAAGGCUCGGGAUCCAGCACCUGAACAUGAUCUUUGACGACGGAACAUGCCCCCCGCUCUCCCUGGUCCGGCAGUUCAUCAACCUUGCACAUGAGAUGAUCACUGUCAAGAAGAAGGGCAUUGCCGUUCACUGCAAAGCUGGCCUCGGCCGCACCGGCUGCCUCAUCGGAGCAUAUCUGAUCUACAGGCAUGCUUUCACCGCGAACGAGAUCAUUGCCUACAUGCGUUUCAUGCGACCUGGAAUGGUAGUGGGUCCCCAGCAGCACUGGCUUCACCUCAACCAAGCCACGUUCCGAGAGUGGUGGCAUGAAGACACAAUGAAGGCCAAGCUUGCGGAGAUGAUGCCUUCUACGCCUACAAGGUCCCCGCAUAAGCAGCGCCUGGCGAGCAACGGCCAGACUUUUACACCCCCUAACGGCUCUCAGAGGCGCGCUGCUCUUGGUGAGAUUGAGUCCAACGACAGGAGUAAUGUCGGCGGCUCAAUAGGUGUCCAAGAGGAUAACCUCCCAGCACCGACACCAGGCCAGCCGAGAAAGACUAGCAAAAUUUACGGCGGUGGUACCAGCGUGCGCUCCCCUCUCCGCGCCAACGAAAACGAGCCGUUCACGAAGUCGACGGAAUACGCCGCUGAGAUUACCCGCUUCGAAGGCGAGACCGAUGAAGAGUACCAUAUUCGUCAAAUAGCACGAAAGACGACGUCGCGAUCGCCGGGGCUGAAGGACAAAGACCGACGGGCUAUCAGUAUGACGACGACGAAGACCUCCAUGACCUCCACAACAUGGCGUUACAAUGGAGAGAGUGAUGCCGAGAACACUGCGCCAGGAGGCACCCGACCCAAGACUCCCGCACGCGAGAAGAGUAAUGGAAGCGGCAACGGAAGCAUCAGCGUUAGCAAGGUGCGCUCCAGCCCAUCACGACGAAGCACGGAGAGCAAGAGCGGAGUGAGAAAGACUAGCGGCAGAGUCGGCAGCGUUGGCAGCUCCAUGGUCCGACCAAGGCCAUCAUAGACGUUUCGAGCGAGUUUUGUUUCACAACAUGCAUCUGCAUCGUCGGUGUUCUGGCAUGAACGGCGUACUGGAUCCGUCUUCUCCGUCACGAACCUUUCCUUCGAUUCCUUCGCCCUCGGGCACUUUAUAUGUGUUGUUGUCGAUGUCUUCGUUCGACCCGCUGAUACAUACGUGCGUCUGCUGGAUGGGUGUUUGGGUCGUACACGUGUGAAUAUGGGUUGGCCUGCUUUUCAUGGCGUGUUCGGUGCUAAUGUCUCCUCUGCUGCCACUUCUCAGAUUUCUCGUCUCUUUUCCACUCUCAGUCUCAAUCUCCUGUCAAUUCGCGCUGCUACUCUGCUUUCUGGGGUGUUUGGCUGCUGCGGAUAGUCAUGACGUGUAUGAAAUGAAUGAGCGCGUAUUAGUCUUAAUCAUUCGAAGUAUG